ACUCACCCCACUCUACGUCUCAAGCAUUAAGGGAAAAAAAAAAAGGGUGAUUAGUGCAGAAAGUGAGGAGAAUGGCAAAGCUCACAGUCCUUGCAGCAAUUUUGCUGGUGGCCCUUUUGGCUAUUGCUUCAGCCACGGCCCACCGAACUACCAUAACCACCACUGUGCUGGAGGAUGAGGAGAACCCAGGACAAGGAGGGCAGUCGCAGAGAUGCCAGCAGAAAAUCCAAGAGCAGCAGCAGCAGCUCUGGCACUGCCAGCAAUACUUGUCUCAGAUGAGCCCUUCUGACUUGCGCAUGUACCCGCUGCCGGGGCAACAAGAGGAGCACCUCCGGCCCUGCUGCCAGACCCUUGAGAACUUCGACGAGCAGUGCGUGUGCGAGGCGGUUAUGCACGUUGUGAGGCAGCAACUGCAGCAAGGUGGAGGCUGGCAAGGGGAGGAGAUGCAGCAGCAGGUUAUGCAGAAGGCUAGAAACCUCCCUCGCAAGUGCAACCUGGAACCACAGCAGUGCCAAAUCGGAGCUGUUUUCGUCUAGUAAUUAACUUGUGUAUGAUGAACAAGGUUCACUUGGUUUCCGGCUUUUCUGGCUGGAGAUUGAAGUGAUGCCAAUCCCCAAUGUAGUUUAAUAAAAAGCACGUGAUCGUGUGUUUUGCUAUGUGCCUACCUACUUUGUAGUUUUCUGGCAAGGUGAGUACGACCUUGUUUCUGAAAAUGCUCGUAUUUUCCUUCUUCA